CUAAGCCGUGUUUCCGGUGCGGAGAAGAGGAAGAGUGGAGCCGGAAGCGCUAGAAGCGGCUGUGAGUGAGGAGGAAGCAGAAAUGUUCAUAUCUCAGAUGCUGCAAUAAGCAAGGAUUUUUUUCGAUGUAUUUUCUUAGCAAAUAAACAAAAAUCCUCAUGGGCCAGCUCCUCUCAUCAGCAGAAGAGCUCUCCCAGCUGAAGGAUGCUCUAGCCUCCGUCCUCUAUGAAGCCAUGUUGGGAGCCGGCGCCGGACCUGACCUCAGAGUCGUCCAUCCUCUCAUGUUAGCCAAUCAGGAUGAGUGCUUUGCCUCCCAGGUUGGCCUCAUGGAGCAGCUCCAACAGUUGCAGGGUACUGUUGAGCAGCGUGCUCCCACCUACCUAAAGGAUCUAAUUGGCCGACUGUCGACAUUCUCUGAUGAACCUCGCCUGGCGGGCUUGUUGGGAUUAGUGAUCGCCAUGGUGAUGGAUAUAGUCUACACGACUUCUAAACAGUCAUCAGGAGGAAAAGGAAAGCCAGUGGGUUCCUCAUCAUCUCAGCAGAGAAUCUGGGAGCUUCAGGAGGUGAUGGAGGAGCACCUGAAGCGUUGCAGGAUCAACCUGACCGAUAAGAACAGGCUGAUCCAGGACUUCCUCAGACUCGAGGCCCAGUUCAGCCUCAUCCUCACCCAGCUGAAGACCUGUCUUCUUGGGGGGGAUUGCAGUUCAAGUUCUCUGAGACACUGGGCCAGCGGAGCCAUCUUUCACACCCAGAUGUUGAUCCAUCUCGCCCGCCUUGAGGGCAAGGCUGAGCCAUUCUCUGCAAGGGCAGCGCUGGAGCAGUACAGAGAGGACCUUGCGCAGAUCAUACCUGCCUACAGGCGGUACAAGUCCAGAACAAUCAGUGUAAUCAAAUGUAGAGGAGGACUUGUAGCCCAAUCUGACUCCCCGUGUGAGGUGCCUGAAGAGGGAGCUAUGACUGGACUCACUAUGGUGGAUAAAGAAACAGGAAGCAGCGUGACCAUCCCUCUCUCCCUCUUGGAGGCGAAAACAGGGCAAAGAUCUUCACCUGAUCAGAUCUCCACAACUGCCUCUCCCCAAGUGAACCUGGACCUCAUCACCUCAGAUCAGUACGCUCAGGCAUACCUGGACCGCCUGUUCUCGGCGGGGGGACCUGUGUCAGAGUUGGAAGACUUUUUUGCAAAAGCGUGUGCAAAGCUGCAGAGUACCGAGCUCGUGUGUAAACAAGCUGAGGGAGUUCCUCCUAAAGGGAAUGCAGAGGGAAGAAGUGAGAAGCAACAAGUUAACGUGAUGAAAGUGGAAAACACAGAGGAGUCCAGCCAGACUAAUACAAGCUUGAAACUGAGUAUUGUUGAGACCCAACCUCAGCAAAGCCUCCAUCAUGAUUCAGCAUGUGCGUAAAAAUACAAAAAUGACAGUUCUACACUAAAAACAAUUAAAAAGAUGCAGUAAAAAUGUCACUGUUAUUCAUGAUUUAUUCAAAUAAACGUGUUAACAUUA